AUGACAGAUAAAUACAUGUUCAGAAUGAUCAGAGGAGGAAAUUCAUGGUGGAUUCCAGAAAAAGAUAAUCUCUGCGAAAGAAACAAGUUUACAGUUUCCCUGCUUUCUGGUAGACCACUGUAUAAAGGAGAAUGUGGAAAUAAAAUCGAACCAGAGACAGACCUGACUCGCUGGCGACUGAGCACAGUGGAAGGGCGACAGAAGUGGUAUUAUGUGCCCGAAAAUGAGGAAUGUGCCAGAGAACAGAAUGCACUUGAGGCAUAUACAUUAGGGCUAAACACUAGUAAAUUUUUCCCAGAGUUGCCCAAAGCCAGCACAGCCCAGGAAGCAGUGCUGAAAGCAAUUAAGUUUCUUUCAGGUGUACAAGCUGAAGAUGGCCAUUGGCCUGCAGAAUGCUCUGGAGUACUCACCCUUACUUCAGGUCUUUUGAUUGCAUGCUAUGUUGCUAAGAUUUCCCUGCCAGAAGAGGUAAAGAAAGAAAUACGACGAUAUAUACGUUCAAGACAACUUCCAGAUGGCGGCUGGGGUCUCCAUCUCAGGGAGCAACAACCAACCAUCUUUGGCACAGCCCUCAACUAUAUAGCUAUGCGAAUCCUUGGAUAUGGACCUGAUCAUCCAGAUAUAGUGAGAGCUCGAAUUUGUCUCCAUAAAAAAGGUGGUGCUCUUGGAGCCCCACAUUUGGGGAAAGUCUGGCUGGCUGUUAUGAACGUGUACAGCUGGGAGGGAAUGAAUGCACCGUUUCCUGAGUUGUGGCUGUUACCUACCUGGGUGCCAGGCCAUCCCUCCACUUAUUGGUGCCAUGCCCGUCAUAUCUUGCUUGCAACGACCUACUGCCAACUCAACCGCCUGAGUGCAGAAGAAGAUGAACUGAUCCGGAGUCUCAGGCAGGAACUUUACGUGGAGGAUUAUUCAAGCAUUGAUUGGCCAGCCCAGAAGAAAUAUAUUUGUGAGACUGAUUUACAGGCGCCACAUUCAUUGGUCCUGGAUGUUCUUUUUGCCCUCUUCAAUUUGUACGACAGAUACCACCUCACCAGUCUCAGAAAGAAAGCCACAGCUGAGAUCUAUGAGCUAAUCAAGGCAGAUGAUAUAUUCUCAAACUUUACUAAUUCUAGCCCGAUUUGUAAACCUUUCCAUGUAUUGAUCUCAUGGCAUGUGGAUGGUCCCAAUUCGGCAGCCUUUCAAGAGCACGUCUCCAGAAUCUACGAUUACCUUUGGCUUGGAGAUGAGGGUAUAAUGAUGAAGGGGGUGAUGGGAUCUCAAACCUGGGAUGCUACAUUUACAAUUCUGUGUUUUCUAGAGGCUGGUAUCCAAAAUGACCCUGAGUACAAUACUUGUUUGAAAAAAGCCCAUUCAUUUUUGAAAUGUUCUCAGAUUGUAGAUAAUCCACCCAACUACCAGAGAUACUAUCGUCAAAUGAACAAGGGAGGAUUCCCCUUCAGCAAUCGGGACAAUGAUUGGAUGGUCAGCGACUGCACUGCUGAAGCAGUGAAGGCAUUGAUGUUACUUGAAGAACAAUGUCCUUUUAUAGACGAUCACAUAGCUCCACAGCGUCUCUUUGAUGCUGUCAAUACGUUACUGAACAUGAGAAAUUCCGAUGGUGGCUUUUCCUCUUAUGAAACCAGACGUGGAAGCUGGUUACUAGAGAGCAUAAACUGUGCAGAGACCUAUGCUGACUGUAUGGUAGAUCACACCUAUAUUGAAUGUACCUCAUCAGUAAUGCAAGGACUGAAACUUUUCCAGAAGAGAUUCCCAGAUCACCGGAGAGAGGAAAUCAGUGAUACUAUCCAUAAGGGUUUGCAAUAUUGUCGUAAUACACAGAAAGCAGAUGGAUCCUGGGUAGGGAGAUGGGGUGUAUGUUUCACAUAUGGCACCUGGUUUGCACUGGAAGCAUUUGCGUGUUUGGGAUACUCUUACCAUAAUGGAGCGGCAUGCAAUGAGGUGACCAAGGGCUGUGCAUUCCUGGUCUCCAGGCAAAUGAAAGAUGGUGGUUGGGGAGAAGAAUUUGAAUCCUACAAGUUUCGCAAAUAUAUUCAACACACCAUUUCCCAGAUCCACCAAACUGCAUGGGCUCUGUUGGGGCUGAUGGCUGUUAGGUAUCCCGAUGUUCGUGUUCUAGAAAGGGGGAUCCAAGUUUUGAUUGACAAACAGAGAGCCAUUGGAGACUGGCCUCAGGGUGAUAUUGCUACUGGAUUCUACAAAGCUGGCACUCUCCAUUACUCAGCCUACCGCAACAUCUUUCCUAUCUUUGCAUUGGCUCGUUUUACCCAGCUUUAUCCCCAUAACCCUCUUGCCAAGCAACAUCUGAAGAAUGAACCAAGACAUUCCACGGAGAGCCAGACAGUGAAGCACUGA